GGAAACGGACAACUCGGGUAGAAUGCAAAAGGAACUGGCUACGCGCAAGUUGUCUCGAUUAAGGCAAAUCUUGGAGCAUGAUUCGUUAUAAUGGCCAACUUCUCUUGAUGGGAUUUAUUUCUUCGAUGUUACUUCUCCCAAAAGUUCUUCCUUUUUCGUCAUUUCCCUGUCAAGAUUCGUUCUUGAGGGCCUCGGGGCCUUGAAUUGACGUCUCGUUUACAAAAAAGAAGCUCCGUUUCACACUUCCCAGUUCUCAGUUGCGCGAGAGACGGACAAAUUUGCGAUCUUUGGGAUCAGGGUCUUGCGUUUCUUGAGUCCAUCCGUCCUCUUUCUUCAUCCGCAUUCAAUUUUAAGCCUGCAGAGAGUCUUGCCCUGUUUGAAAUUUCUCAUAUUGCAGAACUUGGGUUGUUGCAAAAUUGGGCAGAAGGAUGGAAACCCCCAGUGAUUCUGAUGUAUACUUUGGUACUUCAUCCACUGCUAGUGGCAACGGCAACUCCGCUGCAAGAUUUGGUGUGCAGUUCCCAUCCCUCAGCUUAUUUCAGUCGCCAUUGUCGGUUAUACUGGAGUACUCCGGUAUCAUCCCGUCUACGCCGACCGCGCCCGAGUCGGAGAGUCCGGUUCUCGGCGCGAGUGCCGGUCACAUUCAGACGGAAUCGCCUUAUUCUGAUGUCAGAAAUGGCAGCAGUGGCGAGGAGGUAUCGAUUCGGAUUAUUGGCUCUAGUGAGGGGCGGAGUGGAGUUAAUACGGGGGACAAUGGAGGGCAAAUUGGGUGUGAUGAUUUGAUGGAUGUUGCUGCAGAGAGUGACGAUUUAUUGUUGGAGGCUGCUUCUACUUCGUCGGCGAAUGUCAUGGACUCAGCUGAUAGUUCUAGGGAUUCUGGUUACCAGAGAUAUGAUUUGCAGCGGGUCGGGAGAUGGAUUGAGCAGAUACUCCCGUUCUCAUUGCUCUUGUUGGUUGUGUUCAUUCGUCAGCAUUUGCAAGGCUUCUUUGUUACAAUAUGGAUUGCAGCUGUCAUGUUUAAGUCAAACGACAUUCUUCGGAAGCAGACUGCUCUAAAGGGUGAGAGGAAAAGUUCUGUUCUCGUGAGCAUUUCUGUUAUUUUUAUAGUCUAUGUGGUUGGUGUUUACUGGUGGUAUCGCAAUGAUGGUGUAUUAUAUCCAUUGCUUAUGCUUCCUCCAAAGGCAAUUCCACCCUUCUGGCAUGCUAUCUUCAUGAUCAUGCUCAAUGAUAUAAUGGCGAGGCAGGCGGCUAUGUCUGUCAAGUGUUUGCUGCUUAUUUAUUACAAGAAUAGCAGGGGCCAUAAUUUCCGUCGUCAGGGUCAAAUGCUGACACUGGUUGAAUAUACAAUGCUGCUGUACCGAGCAUUGUUGCCAGCUCCUGUUUGGUACCGAUUUUUCUUGAACAAAGAUUAUGGGAGCCUAUUUUCAUCUUUGACAACUGGGUUGUACUUGACAUUCAAGCUAACAUCUGUUGUUGAGAAGGUCCGGUCAUUCUUUGCUGCGGUUAAGGCAUUAUCACACAAGGAAGUGCAUUAUGGAUCUUAUGCCACAAAAGAGCAGGUCAAUGCCGCUGGAGACCUGUGCGCUAUAUGUCAGGAGAAGAUGCACGCUCCGAUAUUGUUGCAGUGUAAACACAUCUUUUGUGAGGAAUGUGUUUCGGAAUGGUUUGAGAGAGAAAGGACUUGCCCUCUAUGCAGGGCUCUGGUUAGACAGGCAGAUUUGCAGUCGUUUGGGGAUGGAUCAACAAGUCUAUUCUUCCAGUUGUUUUGAAAUAUUUCUUCAAAACAGUGGUUCUGCAUUGAUCUCAUGCCAUUUGUAUACAAAGUAAAUAUGCCUUCCCCACAAAUUCUCAUCAUUUGCCCUGGAAGAGUAAGCUGUCUGGAAGUUAGUAGCUAGGCAUCACACCACUCAUACGAGUCAGUAUUGAGUUUAACUUUUCUAGGGAACUUCCCGAUUACUGGGAACAAAUAGAAUCAGAAUGAAUGUCCUUCCUGUGGAGAUUUGUAGUCAAGAAAUGCACAAAGUAUAUUUAUCUUGCUACCCGAUUUUUCCUAGCUAAGCGUGUUGUAUUUUCCAGAUGCCUUAUUUAGUGGGGCUUAAGUUGGGAGGGUUCUUUGAUGAAUACUGUAUCCGGGCUAUGAAGAAAUAAUAUGUAACAUAAUUAGCCCUCUUAUUAAUUGUUCUUGGAGAUGUAAAGAAACUAGCCCUGUUGAUCAUCCUCCAUGAUAA